AUGCCGUUUAUACCAGCACGUUUUCCACGAUACAACGGUUAUGUUCUGUCAGCAUUCGCCACUCUAAGGAAUGACUUAUCAGGACAACUCGAGAACAUCAGAACUUUGGAAUCACGAGAUUCCGAUAUUUUGAUCUGUACUUAUCCAAAAUCGGGAACACAUUGGAUCAAUGAAAUUAUCAGUAUGAUGGUAAAGGGUCGCGCCGAGUACGCCAAUGUGCACAAAAUAGCUGCAAUGCUGGAAGCCAUUCCUAAUUUUGAAGUCCUUCAAAAUGUCCCAGAAAGUUCGGUCCGAAUCCUGAACUCUCAUCUUUCCUUGAAGGAACUGCCAUCGAAACAUAUAAAAAAUGGUUACAAGAUUGUUCAUGUGAUUCGUAACCCAAAGGAUGUUGCUGUUUCUUAUUACAAUCAUUUGUUUCAAAUUUCGCGUAGAAUAUCAGACGAGGAAGCAUUGGUAUACCCGGGGAGUUGGUCCAUGUUUAUAGAACACUUCUGCCGGAGUGAUGAAGAACUCUACAAUGGUUGGUUCAACUACGAAACAGCAUUGGAAAGGGCAAAAGAGACCGGUGAAGUAACAAAUAUCUUUACUACUCAUUAUGAGCAACUGAAAAGGGAUCCCUUCCCCGUCCUAAAAGCCUUGGCCGAGUUCCUCGGCGUGGAGGCCUCAGACGAACUGCUGAAUGAUAUUAAUCAUAAAUGUUCGUUUGAGCAAAUGUCAACAGUUGGCGACAUAGGACGUGGAAAUGAUUCUUUAAAGUCGGCCACAGGGAGAAACAUCAUGUUUCGGAAAGGUCAAAUAGGUGACUGGAAAAACUGGUUUACAGUUGCACAGAAUGAAGCUUUUGACAGUCUUAUAGAAACAAAUAUGAAAGACUCAAAAUUAAAAUUCACAUUUGAAUGA